AUGUUGGGUAAAUUUUUAUUAUUUAAAAACGUAUUGAAACCUUUGGAAUCAUUAACAAUAAUUCAGUCGAAACAAUUUAUUGAUAUAGUCGAAUAUUUAUACAAUUGUUGUGUUAUUCAUCGUGAUUUAUGUCCAGAAAAUUUGAUGCUUGAUUAUAAUCAACAACAUUUAAAAUUAAUUGAUUUUGGUUCUGCUAUAACUUAUCAAAUCGAUGAAUUACCAAGAAGACGGUGGAUCGAAGGAACAAUUUCAUAUGCUGGUUUUCAAUUUUUAAAUUCAUAUCAUUGGUUAUCAUUAAUGACAGGAAUUCAUAACUGUUGUGAUUAUGAAAGAACCUUUGAUCUACAUUGUGCAAUAAAUAUCAUUUUGUGUACGACAGAUGAUAGCAUCCAAGAAAGAAUUAUUUCAAUUGAAAAUACAUCGUCUUUUGAAGAAAAAGUAACAACAUUACUUAAAUUGUGGAAAGAUAUAGAGCAGAGCAAUAAGCAAUAUUCUAAAUUAUUAGAAUUGGUGAACAACAUGACAGAACCAUUACAAUUUGAUGUUAUCAAAGAUGAAAUAGAAAAGCUUUUCUAA